AAUGCUAUGGCUGUCCGCUUCUGAAGCUUCGACACAAUGUUUCGAACCCCAAACAGCGGCCCUGACACCUAAUCUCAGCUGGAAACGAUUCAUAUUUUGUAGGCAUAUUUUUUGUGCACUUUUGCUGUUGAGUGAGAACAUGGAGUCAUCCAGGAAGAGAGGUCGUUCUGACAUGUGGGCACACUUUAAACUGAUCGCUCCUGAUAAGGUCCAGUGCUCGUUGUGCUUAGGUGAGUUGAAGUAUCACGGGAAUACUUCAUCCAUGAUUAGGCACUUCUCUACCCUGCAUGGAGCCACAGUUAACCACGGCCACACAAACCAAGGCGAUCAGAAGCCAGAUGUAGACAAGGCUCUUGUGAAGAUGCUGGUGAAAGACUCGCAACCUUCUUCCAUUGUGGACUCAUUACCGUUGCUUGACAGUGGGGGUCAACCCAGGAAGAAAGGUCGCUCUGAUAUGUGGGAAUACUUUAAGCUGGUCAAGCCUGACAAGGUCCAAUGUUUGGUGUGUUCAGCUGAGUUGAAAUAUCACGGAAGUACUUCCUCCAUGAUUAGGCAUUACACUGCGAAGCAUGGAACUGUGGUUAACCACGGGAAGGCAAAUAAAGGGGACCGGAAGCGAGAGCUAGACGAGGCUCUUGUGAACAUGCUAGUGAAGGAUUCGCAGCCUUUUUCCAUUGUUGAUGACUGUGGCUUCAAGGAGUUUGUGGCGUUGCUUGAUCCCACAUACACUCUUCCAUCCAAACAGACUCUGAAGGACAUGGUGAUACAGAGAUACGAGGGCCAGAUGUCCAAGAUCAAGGCUCACAUAGAAGAUGGAGACUCUGACCUUGACUGCUGAUACAUGAACUGCCGUCAACAUGUUUCCUGACGUUAUGUGGAUGACACUGCCAAGCGUCCCACAAUGCUGUUGGGAGUGGCGUAUUUGCCUGAAGCACUUACUGGUGGUAGGAUCGCUGCUAACACAAGAUCUCUCAUGAAAGAAUGAGGUAGUGAAGGAAAGGUGACCUUAUGAAUAUGGUUGUCUGUUAGAAGUUUAAAUCUGAGAUGUACACUUAGCUUUGUCCUUUCGUUAGUUUUAGUGGUGAGGAGCUCUCUGGAUGCACCUGAUCCGGGGGGCUUCGCAAAGGAGCACAAAAGCCAGUCACAUUCUUAUAUAAUAAGCUCAAAGAAGUGUGGGAGUUGAUCAAUUAUGAGGCGAUCAAGGUUAUUUCAGAGGCCAAACAGGCUUGGACCGAAAAUAUGAACCUGGUUCAUAUCUUCAGAGAGAGGCAGCCGGUGGGGAACGGCUAUCAUUGAGCUGAAAACAGACUCUGGACAGUAGCCGUCCAAAGUGAAGAAGUUUUCAUGGCUAAAGAAACGACCAAAAUGUUGUAUGUGAUACUUGCAGGUAGCACUUGGGAAAAAAAAUUACAAUGCAGCUGAACUUUAGAAAUGAUUGUUUUCUACAAUGUGUUUGUGUGUUUUGUGAUUUUAUUUUUCUGAAACAUUUAACCUAACCUCACAUAACCUCAUGCUAACCUCCAAGAUGAGUAGAAUAUGUUUAUUUUGGAGAUUACCAAAAUAACAGAAUUUAUUGUCUGUUUUACAGAAUUUCUACUCAGUCUCAAAAAUUCUGGGGAAGUAUUAAAUUGGCUUCUGUCAUUUUCCACAUUUGGAAAAGUAUGGUAAUUCUUUAUUGAGAAACUGUAUUAAGUUUUCAGAUUUUUUUGGUCCUUAUUCCCAUCUUGAACUGACAAAGUCUAAUAAUCCUUUUCAAAUAUUAUUGUUGUCACAUCAGUUUAUGAAUUACAUAUGCUUUAUAGUUUGCUAACUCUCACAUUAGGUUGAACAUUUUACCCAUCAAUAUUUGAUAUUUGACUUACUGGUUGUAUAUAACACCUUAAAGCAGGUGUGUCAAACUCAUUUUCGUUUUGGGCCAAAUCAAGAUCAUGAAGGCUCUUAAAGGGCCGGUUGUGCCAGAAUAUGUUGAUAAAACCUGUUCACAAACGGUUAGUAUGUCAAUGAGUUCUUAAAAUUACAUAAUAUUAUUGAAGAUCUUUUCAGUCCCUUCAGGAACUAAUAAUAAAAUGUGACUGUUUAUUUACUCGCUGUAUAAAUCAUGGACUAUAAUUAUACAUCAACUAAAUUCUCAAGAAACUGGAGGGAUUUAUUGAUAUAAAUUGGCAGUAAACAAACAAAAACUGCAUUGAUAUGAUUGAUAAUAUAAUAUUUAAUCACACUUAGUGUUUAGUCUAAUCUGUGGAGGGCCACAUAAAAAGCUUUGGCGGGCCGGAUUUGGCCCCCGGGUCUUGAGUUUGACACAUGUGCCUUAAAGCUAGGUUGAACUGUCCCAUUUGAUCAAAAAUCCAAAGCAAGCACUGGAAAUGAUAUACUUAGCUUCCUCAUUGUGGCAUUUGGCCAAAUCUACAUGCUGAGUUUGUUUUCAUGGAAACGGUUCCAUAUGUAUCAGUCUGUAAUCUGUCUAUCUUAUCGAUCAUCUGCUGACCUAAUAACCAAACCCUCAGCAAUGUUUGUGAGCUCCACCCAGUUUGAUCUCCAGUAUAAAAACAGGGGGCGCAGCACUAGAGACUGAAACAAGACUUCAACUUCUGCAGCGAUUGCAAACUUUACAUGCGUGUUUUUUUUUCUUCUUUCUUUUAAUUAAGCAGAUU